UACAAUUGGCAACAUAGGUCACAUGACGUGACUGUAGCAUGAGCUCGGGUUUUUCGAUGAACGACAGCUUCAAACAAACCAGAAACCAGCUAAUUUAUUUUAUUUGAGCGUAUUCACAGUGACAGAAUAGCUGUGCAUCGCGACGUAUUGUUUUUAAAAACAUUUGUUUUACUGCUAUUUGUUCUGCUAUACAACGCGUAGUUGCAAUUUGGGGCAUUUGUUUCUGUUAGCUUACCAAGUUUAGCUUGCUAGCUAACAUAAAUAUGAAUAUAGACAACGUAAAUCAGUCUGUUACUACUGGAGUUCCGGCUACGACGUCUUCAACUUCAAGUAAUUGCAUCGCGAAUGAUAAUACAACACCCAACGUCAGCAGCAUCCCCUCGGUCACGAGUAAUGUUGCCACCACAGCGGCCGUGGUUGCACCAUCAACAGACUCACAAGUGUCAAAUGGUGUCUACAUUCCUAGUGGCAUUGCCAAUGGGGAUGUAAAGCCUGCUGUCUCCACCACACCUUUGGCUGAUUUCCUCAUGCAGCUGGAGGAUUACACUCCCACUAUUCCUGAUGCAGUUACAGGCUACUACCUCAAUCGGGCUGGCUUUGAGGCUUCUGAUCCAAGAAUAAUUCGUCUGAUCUCCCUUGCUUCUCAGAAGUUUAUCUCCGACAUUGCCAAUGAUGCACUGCAGUACUGCAAAAUGAAAGGGACUGCCUCAGGAAGCUCCAGAAGUAAGGCAAAGGAUAAGAAGUACACUCUGACAAUGGAGGACUUGACUCCUGCCCUUUCUGAAUAUGGUGUGAAUGUUAAGAAACCUUAUUACUUUACAUAGAAUUCUGUUUUUGAAGGUUUUGCUUUUUCUUUUUUUUUUUUUUUAGUAAUGAUCUCCCUGCUGACCCAAUAGAACCUGCCACUGCCCUUAUUGCUAAAUAAGCUUUGACAAAUCUUUAUAGCAACUUUGCAGUUUGUCUUUUUUUUUUUUUUUGCAAAACUAUACAUUUGUUAAUUUGUGGAAUUUUGUUUAAUUGUGAAAAUAAAACCUUUAACAAAA